CAGGAGGCAGUUUCAUCUUCAUCGCUCCACUUAGCAGACUAGACAUUUCUCAGAGCUAAUAGCUAAUGAGUAGCUGGCUAAGGAUAUUUUACCUCGUAUCAUACGUAGUGUAUGUGAAGAAUCCGUGUGUGUGUGUGUGAGAGAGAGUGUGCGUGACGGUGUGUCUCUUCACUGCUCCCAGCUUUGCUCCAACAUCCUCCGGAUCACUCCAUGCCGUCUGGCCGCUUCUCCAUAACGGCUGAUUCACGCUCGCAGAGGAAUCUUUUGGAUGCACAGAAAGCAUUAAUAGAAGAUUUCACCAUGAACAAAAACAAGAGAGAAAAAGAGUUCUACAGCAUAGAUGUUGGGGAUUCAACGUUUACAGUUCUGAGGCGGUAUCAGAACCUCCGACCGAUCGGGUCUGGAGCGCAGGGUAUUGUGUGCUCUGCAUACGAUCAAAACCUUGAACGAAAUGUUGCCAUCAAGAAGCUGAGCCGGCCCUUCCAGAACCAGACGCACGCCAAGCGCGCCUACAGAGAACUAGUUCUAAUGAAAUGUGUCAAUCACAAAAAUAUCAUCGGUUUAUUACAUGUAUUCACUCCACAAAAAACAUUAGAAGACUUCCAAGAUGUGUACCUGGUGAUGGAGCUGAUGGAUGCCAACCUGUGCCAGGUGAUCCAGAUGGAGCUGGACCACGAGAGGCUGUCCUACCUGCUCUACCAGAUGUUGUGUGGCAUCAAGCACCUGCACGCCGCGGGCAUCAUUCACAGGGAUCUGAAGCCCAGCAACAUCGUGGUGAAGUCCGACUGCACUCUGAAGAUCCUGGACUUCGGUCUGGCCCGGACCGCCGCCACGGGCCUCCUGAUGACCCCGUACGUGGUCACGCGCUACUACAGGGCGCCGGAGGUCAUCCUGGGCAUGGGCUACCAGGCCAACGUGGACAUAUGGUCUGUGGGCUGCAUUCUGGCAGAAAUGGUCCGCCAUAAAAUCCUCUUCCCGGGAAGGGACUACAUUGACCAGUGGAACAAGGUGAUCGAGCAGCUAGGCACCCCCACCCAGGAGUUCCUGAUGAAGCUGAACCAGUCGGUCAGGACCUACGUGGAGAACCGACCCCGCUACGCCGGCUACAGCUUUGAGAAGCUGUUCCCCGACGUGCUCUUCCCUGCCGACUCAGAACACAACAAACUCAAAGCGAGCCAAGCCAGGGAUCUGUUGUCCAAAAUGUUAGUUAUCGACGCCUCCAAGCGCAUCUCUGUAGACGAAGCCCUGAAGCACCCCUACAUUAACGUUUGGUAUGAUCCGGCUGAGGUGGAGGCGCCCCCUCCAAAGUUCACCGACAAGCAGUUGGAGGAGAGAGAGCACACGGUGGACGAGUGGAAAGAUCUGAUUUAUAAGGAGGUUUACGAUUGGGAGGAGUGCACCAAAAACGGGGUGAUCCGAGGCCAACCCCCACCUUUAGGUGCAGCAGUGAUUGACAGCUCCCCACAGCCCGCCUCCUCCUCUUCCUCAGCCAAUGACGUCUCGUCCAUGUCCACGGACCCCAGUGACCCCAGCAGUGACCCUACCAUGACCUCUGACACAGAGAGCAGCCUGGACAGCCAUACCUCCCUAGGAGCUCUGGGCUGCUGUAGAUAACAAUGAAACACACACACACACACACACACACACAGGUGUGCACACGCACACAUACACAUGUACACACACAUGCAGUAAGGUACAAAAUAUCUGGAGUCCACUACCAAACUGGUUAUCAAAUAUCGGGGCAGUGAAAGGCAAGCGUCAGUUAAAAUAAAUGCAAAAUGUACAGCAUUACAGAUAAUAUCUGGUGAUGUUGCAGCAUAUUUCCAAUUUCCCUUUCAAAUAAAAAUAUUUGAGAGAUAUUUAAAUACAUUAGAUGCAUGUUUACAACUUUUUCUUGCUGGAAAAUAAUCUGAUUUGAAGACACUAGAGCGGCAUGUCUGCAGAAUACAGCGGUUUCUUUCUGUGCUAUAUGUGUAGUUUAAAUCAUGCCUGUAUCCAAACUCCGGAGAAGGUGAAACAUUCCCAAACCCUGAACGUUUGCUCCAUCUUGUUUGAGUCAAAAGCUUUCCGAUUGUAAUCGCAAAGUAAAAAAUUUCCAUGGGGAUAAUUGCUACUUUACCUCCGAGGGAGUGGGUUACCUAAUGUUUAAUGAAUGUACAUUUACUAAAUGGGAUUUGAAACUCUGCAUUUUAUUCAAAUUCUCAUCCUUCUCGCUUUGUUUCUCUUUACUUUGUGUUGUACUGCUGAAUAAGAAACCCUUUUAAAGCCACAUUAAUUGACCUCUGGCCACUAAAAGGCAGUCAGUACUCUCCAACCCAUCGUGAACUAACAUGAAGCCCCAGAACAACACGUGAGUCCGCUGCAUUAUGGCUGCCAUGAGAACCCACUAGGGCUGCAGCUGUGAUGAUGACUCGGUUGUUGGUAGUGGACCCAGAUAUUCGAAUCUCGCUGUAAACACAAACGAUAAAAGAAACCACCAAUACACUAGUGUGAUGGGACAGGCUUUUGGCCAAUAAAACCUCUUGUUAGCUUUUAGAGAUAUACUUUUGAUUUACAGAUAGUUUUUAUUUCCCUGUCCCCCCAUACUGCUGUAAAUGAUUGUUGUUUGAAAUUAUUUUUUUGCUGCGAAGAAUUGAAGUAUGUUUUGAUGUGACUUUGUGAUGUAUGUUAUGGAAGGGAGGUUUUUAACUAUACUGGAAACAUUGCUGUUUUUAAGCUACUGAUGUACAGAAGAUUGCCGUUUUACCGUUAGCUUCUAAAGAUGAAUCAUGUUUAAUAUAUUUUUUGAAUUGUUAGUUUAGCAUUUUUUUUUAUUGUUUUUAGGGACUGAAUGAAUAUGAUACUCCUGGUCCACUCAGAAGGCCAAGCCAGGCUCCGGUCUCACUGCAAAUGGAUUUUAUUUAGCUAUUUUCUUUGCAUUUCUUGUAGAAAGUAUAUUUCUGUCCUUCCAGACUGACUUUUUUCAUUGGCUGUUAUUAUUUUGAUCUCCACAUCCCAGAUCAAAUGAUUGGUGUCCUUGGCCAGAGGCAAAACUUUAUAGAUCCCUGCUUUUUAUCCUGGUUCCUUAUUGAUUAUCUAGCUGUGGGGUAGAUGGAGCCAGUGUUUCUGUUGGACGAGGACGAACAGGGUGAAUGUAGAAGAGACACAGAGUAUCUGCAACUUCAUAUUUGCUGGUACUGGAGGCUUGGGUCUAAAUGGUCAGUUUACUGUCAUGGCAGGUUUCUACGUUUUUCUGUCAGUUAAUUUGUUAAAUAUGUUUAUAUUUUAUUUGAUUUAAGUGGCCUUACUCCAGUCAGUGGUUUUCUGAGAAUGCCCUCCCUCUGUGGUGUGUCUUUGGAAGUUCUACCUCACACACACACACACACACACACACACACACACACACACACACACACACACACACACACACACACACACACACACACACACACACACACACACACACACACACACUAAUAAUAAUUCACCCUCAGUUCAUGCUUCAAAAGGCACACACAUGACAACAUACACACAUCAUCUGAAAAGAUAGUGAAAACAUUAUUUUUCUUAAUUUGUGUAUUUAUUUAUUUAUUAAUUUAUUUGAAGCUAGGGGGGUGGCUGUAUGUAAUGCACAUUUAAUUCAAAAGUACUGUUUAUAUGCAUUUUUGUUUAGUUUCAUUGUUUUCUGUGCAAUAUGAUUUAUAUAAUAGUAUAGAUCGUAGGUGAUAAACUGUAUAUUUUACGGUAAAUGUAUAUGUUUUCUGAUAGUCAGAAAACCCUUUGCUACCUGCCAUGAUUACCUUUUGGAUGUAUUUGAUGGCUUGAAUUCAAACCCACUCUAUUGCCCUCAUCAUGGCUGGACAGUUUCCCAUAGCAACCAGCACCCAGAAUGCAUUUGGAGAAUUGUGACGCAUGGCUGACAUUUUCUGGACCGAAUCUGAAUGGUUGAGUGUGGCUUUCUCUCAUCAUUUUGCUUUUAAUCCAUUGCCUCCAAAAAGAAAGUAAAUUGGACGUAUACCAGUGUUCCUAAAGUUUUCUUUGAGCAGAUUACAUUUGGCUUAAAUUUUAAGGCUUUGAGAACUUUUGAAAAGCAGUGUUGUUUCCCAGAAUAAACUAAAUGGGCAUACAUUUCUCAUGUCCCCCUGUUGGAAAGGGACUGGUGUUGCAUAUAUCGGUUUUCAAGUAAAUUCGUUCAAGUUAAAGAAGAAUCGUUAGUUUCGAAUAACAGCUGUUUGGCAAAUCUUGUGGUGUAUCAUUGGCUUUUCUGGUCUGUAUGUCAGUUGUACAGAUUAUGUAGGGAAUCCAAUCCAGUGGCAAACACUAAUCCUCACAUAAUAAAAAGCCAUUCAGACAUUCAGGACUACUAGGAUUCAAAUCUUUUAACUAGAUAACAUAUAAAAUGUAAAAUUUGACUGUAAACAGUUUUGUUUUAGUGUUUUCUGAUAAGGCCAGUUGUGUACAUUUUGAUCUUAAAUUGCCUCACUAUCAGACCGAGUGUAAACAUCCGAAAAGGAAACUUUGAACCACCUGCGAAUAAAAACAUUGAAUUUUAA